AUCACCUUGUAUGAGACAUCACCAACGGCUGUCACACUCGCUCUACAUCAAGUGGCAGGCGAUUACAAUGCGAUUGUCCGCUCGCUGCGGCAAGGACUAAGCUGCAUUCUGCCAAGUGAACAUUCCAAUCACCGGCUCGACUUAUACCGGAGACCGUACCAACAGCAUGGCGAGCGUAGAGCGGGAAGCUUCUCGCGACCGUGACCACGCAGGCCGACAUCAGCAUUCCUUCUCCGAGAGUGGAAGGUCAAGCGUGCCCAUGUGGGAUAGCUCAGAUCCCGACCGUGCACCGCCACCACUACCGAUUCCGCCAGGCGCAAACAGCCCGACGACCAAGGCGAACACUUCCGCCGGUAUUGCCGCGGCUGCAAAGCAGAUCGUUGAGCGGGCACGCGAGAGUGCGCCGUUGUCUUCUUAUACCUCCAACAAUCCUACUCCGCAAGGAUCGCCGGAACGUUCGUUGAUCAAAGGUGCUCAUCACAAGCGCAUGCAAUCGUUGCAGACAGGUAGCGUCAAGGAUCUCCGAAGCUACCUCGACAACAAUCGCAGCCCGGACAGGUCGCCAGAGCGGCCGAGCUCACGAAGUGGGCCUGGCUUUACAAGGCAGGAGAGCAGAGAAGAAAUCUCGCUGUCUGCGGAACGCUCGUCAACCCCGACCCCGGGACCCAGAGACCUGACGAAGGAUACGCCAACUCUACGGCCCUCAACUCGACAACCACCGAGGUCAAUCUUGAGCGAGAACACGCCUCCUUCGUCCACCAUGCUUGCGUUGCAGACAAUGCAGGUACCGGAGCAUACAUUGCACGACAUCACCAAUGGCCCAAGCACUCCGUCGCCAAUACGGGUUAGCACACAGUAUGACUUUUCGAGCCAGCUGCUGCAUCUGACGUCCAUCGCCACAAGCCUGCAAAAGGAGAUGGCAAGCUUGAGCAGGCGCAGUAAAGACAAUGCGACCGACCUUAUCAGUCUCAAGGAGGCGACCAACCAGCGCGACGAAGACAUUCGCAAGAGCCUGCGCGAGCUCGCGAACGUUGUAGGCUCAACCCCCAACCUGCUCAGCCCACCGCCUCUUGCGGGCGGGAUCAACCGAAACAUGAGCAGCUACGGCUUUCUUGACAGCAAGGCAUUCAACUCUCCACCUUCAGCGACGAAGACGUGGAGUAUUCCGCGAUCGUCAAGCGCGCAUGGCUUCCUUGAGGAAGGCAGGAUCGGCUCUCCCUCACCUUACUCGGUUGAAGGGGCGGCGAGCGUCGCAAUGCUGGAGAAGAUAAUCCGCGAAAUGGUGACAAAAGAAGGCCAGGAGCGGCUGCUUUCAACUCUUUCGGAGCUGCUCGAGAAGAGCCAGAAGGAGAAUACAGUUGCGGCCAAGAAGGUUGAGGAGCUGUCUGAGUUCAUCAAGCAGAACCAAAAGCCGCAGAGUCAAGCUCUCGUGGCAAUGCCCAAGGAUGGCGGGCCACCAAGACUGGAAUUGAACUUCGAAUCACCGAGUCAGCUCACCAAGAUUACUCGCGAAGGCGCAACAGAGGAGCACACCCAACCAGCGGGCAACGAUGAGGUCCUCAACAUUUUAAAGCGCAUCAAAGAGUCCGUGGCGCACGCUGGCGGCUCGACCAACGAGGUCAAGGGUCUGGUCCGCGACCUCCGUGGCGAGGUGCUAGGCAUGGGUCGUGAACUUGGCCGCAAGCUUGACCAAGUCAGCCAGGCGCAGCUUGAUAAUUCGCUCGACAAGUCUAUCGGUGACGGCCAUGGCCAGCAACACGCCGAAGAGGUACAGCGAAUCAUCGAAGAAGGCAUGGUCGAGCUGAAGGAGCACCUCAGCGAGCUUCUCCGGCAACGCGUCCAGCACGAUGACAAUGAUACUUUCAAGCAGGUCGCUGUUGCGCGAUCGGUGCCGAGUGGCGAGGAGAUCUUCGCCGUGGUCAGGCAUGCGCUGGCUGAGCAUGGCAACAGCACCGCCAAGCGUGACAUGAGCGACACGGACGAAACCAGCGGCCUCGACCGAGAAACCGUGAUCGAAGCAGUCAAAGAAGGACUGGUCGACUUCCAGCCCAACAUUGAGCUGCAGCAAUUCGGUCUGGAGCGCGAGGAGGUCCUCAACGUCAUCAAGAAGGGUCUGGCGGAUGGCAUGGAAGAGUACCGCAGCAGCCGAUCUGAAGCUGAGCCUGUCAUCGCUACAAUCGACAAAGCCGAGAUCUUCGAGGUUAUGGAGGAAGCGCUUAAAGACUUUCAGCCCUCUUUGCCUGCAGUAGCGCUGGAGCAGAUCAAGGCGGAGCUUCUUGCAGAGUUUCAACAAGCCUUCUCUGAGCAUCAGCCUGCUGUCUCAGCCGCCUCAAUGAACGAUGAAGCAACACGACUGGCAGUCAUUGAGGCUGUCAAAGAAGGUCUCGCCAGCCAUGGACCGAACGCACCUCGGGAGAUAGAGAUCAGUCGAGAUGAUCUUUUCGACGCCGUCAAAGCCUCCCUUGACGGCUCCGCCAUACCCUUUGGCGGUUUUGGUGAGCAAGUCCUGGAGCAGAUGCGCGAGCUGAUCGACAACAUGCGCACAGAGUUCAAGCAGUACUCCGCCGCCAGUGGUCGAGACACAGAGCAAGUCCUUGAUGCGGUCAAAGACGGCCUCGAGAGCCUGCGUGCCGAGAUUGAAACCUACGUCGACCGUGCGCAAGAUGUUACUGGCAAGGACGAGAUUCUUGACAACGUCCGUGGAGGGCUCGAACAGCUUCGUGGCGACGUACAAGGCUAUGUCGCGCAAGGUCCUGUUCACGAUGGUGGGAAGGGAGAGAUGUUGGAGUACAUCAAGGCGGAAUUUGAGCACCUGCAUGCCACGGUUGGAGACAGAAACCGUGAACUCGAUGCCGAAUCACAAGCACCACAUACGGCCGAGAUACUUCUGGCGAUGAAGGCCGGCAUGGACGGUCUGAAAGCGCAGCUCGAGGAGAAGGACCGCGAGCUCGAAAUUGACUUCCCAACCGACGAGAUCCACGAAGCGAUGAAAGAGGAGUUCGAACAGCUGAAAGUUGCAGUCCUCGCCGCACACGCCGCCGACAAAGGCGAGCUCAUCGAGACGAUCCAGGACAGUAUGGGUGUACUGCAUGCGCGUUUUGGUGGCACGGAGGCCAGCACGCUCUCCGCCGGCGCCACUGAAGAGGUCAUCAAUGACAUGCACAAGGAAUUUGACACGCUCAAGGAGUCGAUCCACGCCAUCAUCGCCGACACGCAGAAGGAGGCGGUGGUUGACGGCAUGCGCCAGGCCGUCGAAGACCUGCGCAUUCAGUUAAGCGCGGACAACAGCGAUGCGUCUGCUGAAGCUCUUGCAGCGAUUCGAGAGGAGCUGGAGAAGUUCAAAGAGGCCAUGACCGGCUCUGUGGUCAUUGCUGGGGCUGCCGGCACAACAAUGAGCGGACAUCAUGAAGCUCUCGAUGGCAUUCAGACCAGCCUGAAUGAGCUCAAGGAGACCAGCACCGCACGAAGCGUACCCGAAGCCGGCGUACCGACCGAGUUACUGGAAGCGAUGCGUGGCGAGUUCGAGAACUUGCGCAGCUCGAUCGCGACUUCUGUCGUCCACGGCGGCUCCAACGAAGAGGUGCUCGAUGCCCUCCGUCUUGGGCUUGACGACCUACGCAGCCACCUCGAGAAGAAGCUGGAUAGCCCGGAACGCAGUCAAGCGCAGCAGAACGAGAUGCUGGACGUCAUCGGCGAAGGUCUCGAGACGCUGCGCACGGAUGUUGUGAAGACGCUCGAUAAGCCGUUGGAUAUGACGGUCAACUACGAGAUCCUAGAUACUCUCAAGGACGGUCUAACAGGCUUGAGGGCUGAUCUUGAUGCGUUGAAGAGUGGUGACAAGAGGCCUGUGACGCCGAAGGGAGGUGAAAUAGUGUUGGCUGACCCCUCGGCGCUUGCGGGUGAGCGUGCCCUCGCUGAUGAUUUCGCUGCUAAUGUCGAGCUUCCGCCGCCUCCAAAAUACCUGAAGCCUGCGGAUCUGGAGAAGAUGGAGGUGCUUCUUGUUCAGCUGCAGAUCAAGGUCGAAGCUAUGGAUGCAACGAUCCAGGAGUUGCCGAUGUCACAACCAGUUGACGCUGCUGCGAUGAAAGUGGAUCUCCUGGCACUCGAGCUCAUGAUUAAGAACGUACAAGACAGUGUAGGUUCGCUCGCUGCUCGCGAGCCGGUCGAUGCGCCUGAAGGUGCUGCGAGGAAGGAGGACACCGAUGCCAUUGAGACCUUGCUCCGAAACACGAAGGCCCGGCUUGACGAGAUGGUGUCGCCGGAAGUUGUAUCGGCAGUCACCAAGGAGCAACUAGAUGCGGUCGAAGCUGUCGUCCGGAUUACAAAUGAGGCAAUCGAAGGUUUAGCUGACAAGCUAGAGAACUCCGUUGCGGCCAAAGCUGAUGUCGCAGUCAUCGAAGUGCUUGCGCAAGAUGUCAAGGCUGCGCUGGAGGACCUCAAGGAGACAGUGCCUCCAAGCAAGCCUGACGAGGAGAGAGAAAAGCUUAUGACCAAAGCGGAUUUCGACAUCCUUGGUGUGCUCUGCACCGAGAUCAAGACACGCGUCGAUGAGAUAAAUCUGCCAGACGCCGCCGCGAUGCCCACCAAGUCGGACAUUGAGCAACUCCACGGCCUCAUCUCUGACUUUCGUGAGAGCCAUGACCGGAUGAAAGACAGCUAUGAGACGGACAUUGCUGUGACGGCCAAGGCCUUCGAUGAUCGCAAGGCCGAGUACGAGAUCACAGUCGACCAGAUUGCUAGUGUCAAGGAUGCCUUGGCGGAGAUCAAAGACGAGCUCCUUGUCAAGCUUGGCGACAGCGACACCGGAAUCAACGCUCUUGGGGAGACUAUGAAAGGGCUCGAGGAGAAGACGGGCAGCCAUGAGCCGGUCAUCGCUGAAAUCAAGGAGCUGAUGGAGGCGUUGACUCGAGAGUUCGAGCGGGCUCAUAGCUCGUUGGAGGCGAUAAAGGUCGAUCAACAGCAGUCUACGGAAACGACGUUCGAGAAGCAGGCUGAGCAUAAGGACGCCAUGGUUAUAGAGAUUAGAGAGAGGCUCGAUUCUGUCUUCGAUGGCUUGAUGAGCAAGUACGAUGAUGCUCAGCUGGCUGCUCAAGAGAAGGCGAAGGUCAUGGAGGAGAAGGCUGCUGCGCAAGCCGAGUUGCUGGAGAGUACCAGGGUCAUGGCUGAUGAUCUAAGGCUGUCGAUCGAUACGCUCGGCACCGCAUUGACGACCUUCACUUCCACUUUCCCAGAUUCGAUGGAGAAAUUGACCGAGGAUUCGAAGAUGGUGUUCACUCGAGUGGACGACACGUACAACAAGCUUGACGAAACACAAGAAGGGUUGAAGUAUGAACAUCAUCUUACUCGAGACGAAGUGGCCAAAGCCGUGGCGGCUGUUGCGGGUGUUCAAAGUGAUAUCCUGGAGCACAACCCUCGCUUUCUCAUGACUCUCAAGGAAGUCCAGGCCUUGAUUGGCCAGCAAUACGAGCACUCGAGGAAGGCUUCCGAAGCGGCGGAGCAGAACCAUCAGGCCGUGCGCGAUCUGCGCGAGCAGCUCAAGACUGGGUUCGAGGACUCGAAGAUGCGACACGAGACGCAGACCGAGCAGCUGAAGACCGCACUGCCUGCACUGCUGCCGGCUCCUCCAGGUCCUGCACCCGCGAUUGAGCGCUAUGACGACACUGGCCUACACCAAAAGCUCGACAAACUCAUGGGCCACGCUGAGCAAGCUGCUGACCCUUCCGUCCAGUUGGAGCGCCUCGAUCAGAUCCACGAGAAAGUUAUGGCGACUGCUGCGGAAGUCUCCGCCUUCGUUGCUGCACAAGCCAAGCAGUUGACGGAAGACCAUGAGAAUAAGGAGAAGGAGGCCGAGGAGCUUGCCUUGCUGCUCGAGCGUCGCAUGGUCCAGAAGGACGAGAUCGAAGACGAUAUCACAGUACUCAACGACGAGAAGGAGUCGCUACGACAGGCAGUCGAGGCCCUCAAAGCGGAGAAGGAGACGCUGUCUGCUCAGAAAGCUCGCUUGGCAGCCGAUGUCUCUUCACUCCAAACUGCCUUGCAUAUCCGCCGGGAAGAGCUCCAUGAGAUGGAUCGCAAGGCUGAACUCAUUGAGCGCCGCAUGCUUGAAGGUGUCAUGAACCAGUCACGCAUGCUUCUGCUUUCAAAGACCGCCAAGUCGCCUGCAAAGAGGAAGCAGCAAGGCCGCGAUCUGCGUGUACCGAGCAAUGCAUCCGCAACGUCUGCACAGACGAUCACCUCCACCGUCCCAUCGCUGCGAGCGAACCACGAGUUGGCGAUGAAGGCAAGGCCGAACUUGCAGCGCUUAGGUCCGGCGCCGAACACAGCGGAGCGGCGCAUCAUGUCGCUGAACCAAAUCAAUCACAACGUGCCUCACGGUAUCCACCCGGCGUCUAGCCUACUCUCAAACACCUCCGCGAGCUUGAAUCGCAGCAACUCCGUCAAGACGCAACCCAUGCGCAAUGGCUCGUGGGGAGGCAAACGUAACUUGAGCUUGUCCGGCCACAACAAGGAGAACGAGGCACUGUCCGAGGAGAGCGAGGACGAGCUCUCCCGCCCCGUGUCGCAGGGUGAGGAUAGUGAAGCUGGAACCGAGCGCCGAACGAGCUUCGUGAGCGCCACCGAGAGCGGGCUCACGCGCGAUGACGGCAGUUAUACCGAUGGCAUCACGCCAAGCACCGACGCCGGGCACCGCGCCAGUUAUGGAACAAGCGAUCUCUCCUACGGCACUGGCAGCUAUCUGACCGGCUCAGACGUCGAUCGGAGGAUCAGCUUGGAUAGUUCGGCGAAUGGCGUACUCGGCGUGCAUCAGUCUGCUGUUGAGGGAGAUGAGUCGCAGGGGGAGGACCAAGAGGCUGCUACAGCCGAGCGAGACUUUGCCGUCCCUCUCCAGAUCGAGGCGCCGCCAGCAGCCAUGGUGAGGAGUGAAGAGAAGCGAAUGUAUGCUCCGCCCAGUGAUAGUGGACUUGGGACGGAGUUGCCAACUGCCGCCUUGAGCGUCUCUGCGGCGGAUGCGGAGUACUUCAGAAGGUGAUUGGGAGAAGCCAGCUCCUGUAUGGCGAAAAUAGGCGCCCCGCAUGUUGGCCAUGUUGCGUGGUCGAUCGCUUGAAUUCUUUGGGAGGCGUUUGGGCGCUCCGUUUAGACCAGUUAUUGAAGGAACGGUGCGAGCUGCGAGGCAGCGGUUACAAUGCAGACUUCGCUCGAAAUACACAACGUAUUGUACAGGUUCUAGCGCUGUCGGUCGUUACCAUCCCUUUCCACCUCACGCUCCAUUACAACCUCGCCUUGACCUUAGCGCCAGCGCCAGAACUGAAGUAUUCCUUAAUCGCCUCCUUCGCCUUCCCUACUACGG